AUGCCGCUCGGGGGCGUGGACGCCGUAGUGCUGGACGACACCGCGAAGCAGUGCGUGACCGCCCUGGACGCACAGCACCCUGGUUUCGUGCGCUGGGUGCAGGACAUGACCAUCCCCGAGUACCAGCCCUACCUGACCUGGCUGUAUCCAGGCUUCGUGCAGAGGGUUCCAGAACGGGCGGUGUCUUCGAAGGGGAGGGCGGGCGGUGCAAUGGGAGCAUGCGCGGGCCACUCCGCUCAUGCCAAACAGCCCGGCGGCGGAUAUCAGUACAUGAUCUGGGUGGUCAUGGAGCAGAGGCUGCGAGCGGGCGAAAACGCGUUCCACUUCGACUCUGACGCGCUCGUCGUCGGCAAUCUGUGGCCGCACCUCCUCAGCCUGGACCUGAUCAUGGACGCCGACCUCGUGGGCACCUGCGAUUGCGCGGGCCCAGGAUGCAAGGAGUUCGGCUGCUCGUUCAACCCUGGAGUAAUGCUGAUGCGCGUGUCGCAGGGGUCCCUCGCCUUGCUGACAGGGGUUUUCGCUAGGUGGGACAGCGAGGACUGGCUCGACCCGAGCACUCACCAGAUGAAGCAAAAGUGGGUCACAAAACCUAUACGCAGCACCCACGAACUGGCGGACAUGAAUGUGGUGAACACGUGGCUGGUCCAGCAUGGAAACUGCUCGAAGGUGCCCAGUAAAGGCAAGGAAGCUGCUUUCCAAUGCAACAACGUCACGCUAGCGACCUUCACCAAGGGCCACGAAAGGGGUGGCAGAGAGUGCAGAGGGGAGAAGCCGUGGCGGUCGGCGACCUGCAAGCCGAGGGGCUUGGUCAUUUCGCACUCACACGACGCGCGGAACCAGGUGUUCUUCGCCGACCCGCCCGAGUUCCCCGCGUCACCUCCAGGUGCUAAGCCCGCGCCCGUGCACGCUGGCUCUCGCCCGCCGACGGCUGAGCGUGGGUCCACCACCGCCGCCGCUGCAGCGCCGCCCAAGCGCGGCCCGCCGCAGGCCGCACCGCCUCCGACGAGCACGGGCGUCGAUCCUGCGCUCGCGCCCGCGCCGGCGCCCCCCGCCGCUGCGGCAACUCCCGAGGGCGGCCCGUCGCAGGCCGCGCCGCCUCCAGCGAGCACGGGCGUGGAGCCUGCGCUCGCGCCGGCGCCCCCCGCCGCUGCGUCCGCUCCUGAGGGUGGCCCGUCGCAGGCCGUGCCGCCUCCAGGUGGAGCGCGCGACGUGCCAGCGCCCGCGGCGCCCGCGGCGCUUGUGGCGCCCGCGCUGCCGCCCCCCGCGCUGCCGCCGCCCGCUGGCGAGCUAGCGGCGCCGUCGGCAGCUGUGCCGGCGCUGGCCGCGGGGCCCGGCGGCCAGUGGGUGCGGGACCCGGGCAGCUUCGCGCAGGGCCUGGCCGCGGGCGCGGCGCUCGCCGCGUGCCUCGGCGGGCUGGUUGCGCGCCCCUGCGGCCGGGAGGGCGCAGCCGGCGCGGUGGCUUCGGCGGCGGACGCGGAGGCCUCGGCGAAGCCCGCCGUGCGCCCCAGCAGGGUCGGGCGCGGCCCAGCUGACCAAGACGAGGCAAGGGCGAGCGUGGGCGCCGCAAAGCUCGAGCCGUGGCAGCUGCCGCGCCCGCCCCAGCGGACGGCUCGGAGGCGGGCACGCUCGACAGCACGGGCACUGGUUCGGAGGCCAGCGGGCGAUAUGGGCGAGCUGCAAAAGGCCAUCGAGUACCUCGAAGCCUUCCCUGCUCCCUCGGGCCUCGGCGUGGCGCACGUGGACGAGCAGCUGGUGCCCCUUCGAGCUCAACGUGAUGCGGCAGCCGCGGCGCUGGCAGCUGACAGAGAGGCAGGCCUUUCGCGAGCGGCCAAGCUCCGCAGAGAGGCCUAUUCAGUCAGCCGCGCGGAGAAGAAGGCUGCGGGAGCGCGCCGCGCCCUCGUCGACGCUGCCAAGGCGGUCGCCGACGCCGAGGCCGAGCUGCAGGAGGCCCAGGAGAAGCGGGUGCGUGCUGAGGAGCAGCAGUCGGCGGCGCAGGAACGAUUCAACUCCCUGGAGGCAGCGGCGGCGCAGGCGCGCGACGGCCAGGAGCGCGCUGUGUCAGAGCGAGACCUGGAGGCCACGCGGGGCCUGUUCGUGCAGCUCCGCACUCUGCCGACGGCGCACACGGCUGGCAACUUCGCUCGUGCGUGGGAGAGCAUGAUGGAGCAGUUGGCGGCGGUGGAGGCCCUGUUCUCCGCCCCAGAGUGCAAGACGCAGCUGCAGCAACGCGAGCGCUGGGGCGACAGCUGCCCCCUGGAUGGCGGCGCGGUCGGCUCUGACUCGGACAUCGACCUGCUGGAGCCGCUGCCGGCUGAGGAGCGUGGCCAGGCGGCUCGGCGAGGUCCUGCUGCUGGAGGCUGGACCAAGGUUGCGCCUGGCCUGGUCAGCUCGCUGGCGGCGGAGGCAGCUGACCUGGGCCCUCUGGCAACGGUCACCCCUGUUGCGGUCGAGGCGCAGGGCAGGAGGGCUGCUGCGCGUGAAGCGGUCCACGGCAGGCUGGUUGCAGCCCUGGCACGCGUCGCCACCCUCGAGGCCGAGCUCGGCGCGCGCCGCAAGGGCCACGAGGCGGCGGCGGUGCAGGCGCUGCGCCUCGCGACCCCGCAUGCAUGGGGCGUGCCCGCUUUCGACCUGGCCGCGGCAGGUGUCGGCAUCGAGCAGAUUGUUCCCCAGAGCGAGCUCCUCGGCGGCUCGCCAGGGGGCCUUCCUGGGCUCUCUGCUGGCGCGGAUGCCGCCGACAGCAGUACGCAUGGCUGGACAGGGCUCGACGUGGCGCAGCAGGCACUGAGCGCGCCCAUCGUCGGCGGGCUUGGGGCUGGAGGGUCCUACAAGUCCCUCGGCACCGAGAUCGAGGGCAACGCCUCCAGCAUCCUCUCCUCGGGCCUCCCCGUCCCCGACUGCGUGGGCGACGCCAUGUCGGUCUUGAAGGGCGAGGAGGUCGGGAGGCAGGAGCGGCUCGUGGCGUUAAAGCACGCGGUGGCGCUGCCCAUGGCGCGUGCGCGGCGCUCGGCCACUGUGGCCAUCGCAGCGCGGGUGAAAGCCGCCGUGAUGAAGCUGCAGGCAUUGACCGAGCGGGUGGCCACGCUGGGCGACUGGUUCACAGGGACGAACGUCGUCGUCGACGUGACCGGGAGCAUCGUGCGGUGGGCCGAGGCGAUCCACCUGAGCCAGGGCGUCGGCGCUGUGGCACGCCUGGAGCAAGCGGGCGGG